AUGGAACUUUCCCUAUUUUACUUCACACUUUUUCUAUGUGUACUACUGUCCGUAGCUGAUCAAGCUGAAUUAAAUUCAUGUCCAACUUCUCGACGUUUAUUAUUUUUUGAUGGAUUUACCUUUCCUCUUCUUGGAGAGAAGAAAGCUGAAACUGUUUCUUCAUCUUCAAAAUCAUCACCUUCAUCAAAAAAUGCUCGAACAGACAAGACACAUGAACUAACCGUUUACAUUCAACCGCAAACUUCAAGUGAACUCGGUCAAAAAGUUCGUUCUUAUAGUCAUUUACUUAAAUCAAAAUUGUUUACAAAAAAAGAACGAGCAAAAUUACGAAAUCUUAAAUUAGAAAAGAAAAAAGCUUCAUUAGAACGUUCAACAAAAAAGAAAAAUACAACACAACAUGCUACUAAAACUCGAGAUUUAGUAGCUGUUGCUGAUGAUGAUCAUGAACGUGAUCGAUGUCGAGCAUUACUUCAUAUUACUCAUGAAAAUAGUUUAAUACCAGCAAAAGAUAUUAAAAAAACAAAGAAGAAAAAUUCAAUUUCAUCCAAAGUAAAAAAUAUUACAGGUGAAGCAAAGAAAAAACUUUCUACCAAAGUUAAAUCUUUGCCUACAAAUGAUAAAAAGAAAUCGAAAAAGGAAAAAACUUCCAAGAGCAAUACGAAAGUUGUUCCUGAUGAAAACAAAAAAAAGAAACCAACCAUUGUCAAAUCAAGUAAAACACAAUCCGACGCUGAUGAAAUACCACAACCACCACCACCACCAAUUCAACGACAAACUUCUUCUCCUCCACCUCCAACUAAUACAAAAACAAAACGAGAAAAAUCACCACCAGUUAUUGAAAUACAAUCUGAAUCAUUAGAUAUGGAUAUUGAUAAUGAUGAUGAUAAAAAUAAUUCUGUAGUUGGUCGAGCUUUUUAUUUUGUUAAAAAUAUGUUUCAAUUAUCUGAUGAUGUACUCGAUAAUAAUCAUACUCAUGAUGAAGAUGAAAUUCUUUCUUCAACAAAUGAACAACAACAUCGUCCAUCAAGAAAAUUACUUUCUGUUGGUAAUGAUGAAUUAAAUCUUUAUUUAAAUCAAUUAGAUAUUCAAGAUUUGUUGGUUCUACCUUUCAAUGAUUUGUCAUCAUCUGUUGCCUAUAUAUCAAAACGACAAUUAUUAUCUGUCAAAACAAGUAAGCACACAACAUCAUCAAAAGAGAAAAAGACAAAUUUAGAUGAAAAUAAACCAAAAGUUGGAUGGAAUUAUCGUUAUCGUAUAUCACGCUAUUUAGAUGAUCAAAAAACAAAACGUACUGGCCAUAAUAAUAAAGGAAUAGGAGGAGGAAAAUCUAAACAAACAACAAAUUCAAAACAAAAUAAUAAGAAAACAAGUUCUGCAAGUGAUACAAAAAUUACAAAACGUAAACUUCUUGAACUUGAAAGUGACGAUGAUGAAUUAAGUUUAAUUGAUAAUGACAUAUCUAAUCAAGAUAUUGUUGAUUCUGUAUUGAUUACUCAAAAUUUUGUUCCUAAACGUCAAUUAUUAUCAUCAAAAAAAGUAAAAAAAACUAAAGUAGUAAAAAUCGAAGAUGAUAAUGAUGAUAAUGAUGAAAAAAGUGAUGAUGAGAAAACCAGUGGACGUCGUCGAAUGAAAUCUUUCGAUGAAUUAACUAAUCCAACUGAAAUUGUUCGUUCAUAUGAUCGUGGGUUAUUUAAACCACGUGUUGGAUGGCAAUUUCGUUAUCGUGUAUCACGUUAUAUUGAUUCAUUACGUGAAAAUAUUCGUGAAGAUGAACAACGUUUAAAAUUAGGUUUACAAGCAAUUAAACGUAAAACACCACAAGAAUUAAGUGGACGACGUAAACGUGUUCUUGAUAAACCAUUUGCAUCAGAAGUUGAAGAAACACCAGAAGUUACAGAUGAAAAUAAACCACAUGUUGGCUGGCGUUAUCGAUAUCGUGUAAGUAAAAUGCUUGAAGCAAAAAAACGUGGAGAAUAUGUUGAUGAUAAUGAAGAAAAACGUAAAGCACGUAUUGAACACAAACAAAAAGGCACUGGUAAAUCUGCCAGUAAUGAUGAUGAUUGUAUUGAAUGGGAACAUGAUUCUGAUCCUGAAUUACGUAAAAUCGGUGAAGAAGGUAGACAUGUUGGAUGGGCAUAUCGAUAUCGUAUUCGUCGUCGACUUGAUGAAUUAAAAGAAAAACAAGCAGAAACUGGAGUUCCAUUUAAUUUGGAAACACUUGGUGGUAAACGCGAGAAAAAAGUAGUUACAACAACAGCAAGUCCAACAGUUGUGUCGGAAGAAAAACCGGUAGAAGCUGAAAGACAAUCUGUUGGAUGGGAAUAUCGUUAUCGUAUUUCGAAAAUGCGUGAAGCACAAAAACAUGGAACAACUCAAAAAUCAACUAAAUCAUCAAGUAAAAAACAUGAUGAUGUUCCAACACAUGAAAAAGUUGAUCCAACAUUAGCACGAUUAACACCAGAAGAACGUUCCGUUGGCUGGCAAUAUCGUUAUCGUAUUCGACGUAAACUUGAUGCACUUAAUGAUGCUGCUGGUCACGAUACUGAAGGUGGUAAACGUGGUAAAAAACAAAAACAUCCAUCUUCAUCAAAAGGAAAAGGAAAAGAUAAAGAAAAAAUAAUUAAACAAGUUGAAGAAUCAAUUGAAAAAAUUCUUAAUAUUGAUGAUAUUGAUGAAACACCAUUUAUGGAAUAUUUUCGUCGUGCAUCAAAUCAUAUUUUCUCUGCUCUUUUGCCAACUGGACGAAAAUCUGUAUGUCUUCUACCAUUACCAGUAACAUUUUCUUUCUGUAAAGAAGAUGAUAAUGACGAUAUUCAAGAAAAAUUAACAAAAAAAUCAGAAUCACAUAAACAGAUUCCAGUUAAAAAAUUACGAACUAAAAAAGAAAAAGAAGCAAAACAAUUUAUUCAUUCACGUUCAACAAAAUUAAAUGCAGUUGAAGAAAAAAUUGAUGAUACACAUAAACCUUCAUUAAAAACACAAACUAUAGCUGUUGAGAAACCACAAAAGAAACAACGAUCACAUCCAUCUAUACGACGUACUGACGAAGAACAAAUAAAACAUUUUGAUGAAGAAGAACAUCCAGUUAAAAAAUUAGUUGGUGUUGAAGCUAAAAAGAAAUCAAAUAGAAAGAAAUUUCAGAUUAUUGGUCAAGAAGUUAAAAUUAAAAAUAAACCUUCAGCUACACCUUCCGUACCAGAAACAACUACACAAUCUCCACCUGUUGUUCAAACCACACCUGCUACUCCAGUAACAACCGCCACCACCACCACCACCACAACUCAUCGACCUGCUACUGAAACUACGACUUCUAUUCCAAUAACUACCACAACUCGUCCACCAACUAUUAAAACUACUCCUUCUCCACCACCAAGAACAACUACAAAACCUCCAACAAUUGUUACAACAUCUCGUCCAAUUGUCGAAAUUCCUCAAACAACUCCACGUACUCCUGAACCAGAAAUUAUUACAACAACUACUCAUUCACCACCAGUUCAAUCUAUACCUGAAAUAGUUGAAGAAGAAGCUGCAACAUUAUUAUCAUCAGCAAAAUCUGCACAUUCUGAUGAAGUAAAAGAAGAAAUCAAUGAAGCAAAUGAAAAUGCUCAAGGAGCAGCAUCAUCACCAGCCGUUACUGAUAGUUCAUCAUCAUCUAGUGAAGAAGAUUUAAAUUCAAAUGAAAGUGAAUCAGAUUCAAGCGAUAGUGAAUCAAGUUCGAGUGAUAGUGAUAGUAGUUCUUCGAGUGAAGAAACCGAUGAAGAUUAUGAUCCAGCACCAAUACAAAAAAUGAAACAAUUUUAUGAGAAUACGAAAGAAAGUGUGCAUGGUGUGUUUGAUUUGAAAGAUGAUCAGGAUAGUUCUUAG